AAGAAUUUUUCUUAUACCUUCAAUUGACGCUUUCCGAGAUGGCCCAUAAAAACUGGAAAUACAAGAAGAAUGACUAAGAAACAUGUAGAUCGACCCCCAAACGUUGGGCAAACACAAAUUGCGUGACAAAAACAAGUUACCCAGAUUUAGCUUGUGAUCUGCCCAGGAAUUGGGAUAUCCCUAAAUUUUCCACACCCACAUCAAAAUUCUUUGCCUACAAUUCAUUCCAGUGUUUUCAAGGGAGCUCUCUCUUGUGGGCACAAGGAGUCUCCUCAGUAUGAAGCCUAUUUCCAUUUUUCCAAAUCCAUGGCCAAGAAAGUCUUAUGAAAAAAUGGACUAAAACCUAUCAUAUAAAUCGCUUUUUACUUAUUUGGGCUUCUGAGGAUUACCAUGUAUCCCAUAUUACAUUUGCGUACGUUGGCGGAAUAUCAUCGACAUUUUAGAUAUAAAUGCCAGAUGGGGUAGUGCUUUUUCUCUUUAAUGGUGACGGAAAUAGGGUAAAUGCAAGGGAUUGCAGAAUUUCACUAUAUUGCCCUAUGAACGGCAAUGGUGUCCGCAGCAAUUUCUCUGGAUUCGGGACACCAAGCAUCUAAGGGCCAUGCCAUUUUUGAAAAUGGGUACUCAUCCUUCCAUUCAAAUUCUUCAUUUUAAUCAUUCGUUUGGUUUUGCUGAUCUGCGUGUCCGUAAUCACUUUGACCACAUCGACUCAUUAGCGAAAACCAUGUCGAAUGCUUGCACAAACAAGGCUGUUGGUUUAUCUCAGAAUGUUAACACAACCAAUGUCAACUGCAAUCUGCAUCCUAUGUAUCAGAAACUGGUUUGUCAUUGUCCGAAAACACCUUAUUUUUGCAACCAAAACUCACAUUCUUCACUCAUUUGCCAUAAAAGUAGCCCUUUUUAUCUCAAAAGAAGUUUGUUUUGUGCUCAGGCAACUAAUUUUCGCCUCUAUUCUACCCUAACUUCUGAGGUUAUUUCGUGCUCACAAUUUGUGUCCAUUAAUUCUGAGAUUUCAUCAUUUUUGAAAAGAAUCCCUCGAAUUUUUUUAAUCCGCCAGUAUCAGCAUCCAUGUCGAUGGUUGAAACAUACCCAAUUAUUAUCUAACUCUCGGGCUAGAAGAAGUAAUUCUUCAUACCUUAGACGGCAUAUCCUGUAUUCUUUCCACUUACAGAGCCCCAAUUUUUCGCCCUCGUCAAAAUUAAGUCCUCUGGUUUCUAUAUGGUCAUCUAUGAUUUCAUCCUCCGUGCUCUCUUCUUCAGUAUCAAGCCACAUUUUUUCUUCUUCAUCCUCUCCGUAUACCAUAGAAAGCAAGGGUUUACAUACGUGGCGUUGGCUUAGUGGAGAUGACAAUAGUGAGAAGGAAAAUAAAAUUUCAUCUGACAAGAAACCCGUGAUGGCUGUUGUUUUACUUGGGUGGCUUGGCUCCCAACAGAAGCAUCUGAGAAAGUAUGCUGACUGGUACAAUGCUAGAGGUUUCCAUGCCGUGACCUUUGUUAUCCCAACGAAUGAUCUUCUGAGUUUCAAACCUGGUGAAAAGGCCGAGCACCACAUAGAGAAUUUUGCUCAGGAAUUGGCCUCUUGGAUGUCUGGAAAAGAAGAUGAUGGCAGAGAGAGGCAUGUUAUGUUUCAUAUAUUCAGUAAUACAGGAUGGCUCUCGUAUGGUGUUAUAUUGGAGAAGUUUCUGAUGCUGGGUGAUUUCUAUGAUAAGAUCAAAGGCUGUGUCAUUGAUUCAGCUCCAGAGCCAGAGCCAAAUCCUCAGGUUUGGGCAUUAGGAUUUUCAGCUGCAUUGUUGAAGAAGCCUAAUCGUCUUAUGCAUUUGACAAGUGAGAAUGGUGUUGAAAAUUCACCAAAAAAUGAUUCCAAUGUAAUAAAGUCAACAGAACAGACUGAUCCACCUUUGAGUGAAGUGGCACUUUUAGCGAUAUUAGAGAAAUUCUUCUCAGUUGUACUUAAGCUUUCUUAUGUUGAAAGGAGGCUGGCAGAAGUCACCUCUAUCCUCUCCAAGAAUCAGCCACCAUGUCCGCAAUUGUAUAUAUAUAGCAGUGCAGACAAAGUGAUACCGGCAGAAUCAGUUGAGUCCUUUAUCAAGGGGCAGAGGAAAGAAGGAAGAACGGUCAUAGCCUAUGACAUGAAGACCACACCACAUGUUGACCAUUUCCGAAGUUUCCCCCAUAUUUAUACUGAACAAUUACACAAUUUUAUUGAAGUGUGUUCUCAGGUUGUCAGUCAGUAAGUACAUUUGCAAGGUCCAGCUUUUAGGCUGCUAUGAGGAUCGCAUGGGCAUAAUUAUCUUUUGGUACAUUUGCAAGGUCCAGCUUUUAGGCUGCUAUGAGGAUCGCAUGGGCAUAAUUAUCUCUUGUCUUGGGUAACAAAUUCAAUCUGAGGAUACUCUUCAACAUGAUAUUUCCAGACAUCAUAUAAUGUGAAACCCUGUUUCCAAAACCCACCGUAUAAAUAAUUUCAUCCUGUCCUCAUGUCAUAGCACUCGUGAUCAUUUUGUUCAUUGUUAGCUGAAGCGGUUAUACAGGAUGUCAUCCCAAAGAAUGGUUAGUAAUUAAUGUGAAUGCCUUGCAUGGAUUUUUAUGGGUGAAA